UUAUUUGGCCUUCCUUGUUUCCUUUUCCUUUCUCUCUCUCUUUAUAUGCACUAAUUCUACACGGGUUGUCCUUUCUCGUAAAACUAUUUGGUGUGCUUGAGUUGAGAUUGGACGGCUAUUUGCACUUCUGGCUUGAAUGUUAUAAUGGCGUCGCAGCCUGAGUGUGAACCACUUUCACCAAACGAUUACGGUAUUAGAAGACCUCUACAGUCUCAGUUUUCUCAAGGAUCGAGCUUAGAGGGCGCAAACAGCAACAGCUUAUGGUGUCGACAGCCGAGGAGAGCGCCAUCACUACGAGAAAACAACAAUAAUGUGUUGCGAAAAGGCUGGAAGCCGCUUUCUAUGGAGCCAGCCAUUUUAGUGCUGCUUACACUGUUGACGCUGCUCAUUGCCGGCGGUAUUGAAGUGCUAGCACAUCUUAGUAAAUCUAAAGGCGCUCUUGCACUGUCACGAACCCAAGAUGAGAUCCCGCAGUAUGCGAUGCUCAGUUAUCUCUAUGCUCCUAAUAUAGUGGCCGUCCUGUACAGUCUCAUGUGGAGCUGGGUAGAUCUCGACGUUAAGCGAAUGCAACCAUGGUUCGAGCUAUCCAAGCCUGGGGGAGCGACGGCCGAGAAUUCCCUGUUCCUCGAUUACCCUUACGACUUCAUUGCCACUGUUCCUAUCAAGGCAGCUAAGAGGAGACAUUGGCCAGUGUUCUUUGCUGGAACAGUGACAGUAGUCAUUUUCUGGCUCAUCACUCCUCUGCAGAGCUCCAUUAUGGGAACCGGCUUUGUCAACAGGACAGAGCCAGCAAUAAUAGCAACGCGAUCAUCCAUGGUCCCGCUCUCAAACCAGUCGGCCCUUUUGACCAACGAAAUUCUCAACACAGGAUACGCCACGGGAUGGCUUGGCCAGAAUUUCCCUCCCUUUACGACCGCCGACUAUGCGAUACUUCCGUUCUAUAUCGAUAAUGAUCCUGGUGCGUCUCAACAGCAGCUGAAUUGGACGGCCGUAACGACGAAGCUAUGGACUGAGCUCGACUGUUGGCCUGCAGCGUACCAAAGACAAUAUCCUGAUAUAACAGCUUGGAACUUCCAGAGCGGCCAGGGUUGCAAUACCAGUCUCAGUCUCAAUAUCGUCUCAAAUCUCUCCAUGUAUUACGUUGGAUAUCAUGCCAGUCGAUACGGGGACUUCCACUUGGCAAAUUCCGUUCAUUGUCCCGCAACUGAAAACUCGACACAUCAGUUCCUCGCCAUUUGGGCGUCGACAACUCCUCUCAGCUUUGACUUUUCAGUCACCCCUGAAGUCAAUAUGACAGCGCUUUUUUGUCAACCAUCUUACUAUAAGCAGCAAGUUGUAGUUUCUAUUACUACAGAUGAUUAUAAAUCACAGAAUGCAUCUAUUCAGCCCAUAUCGCCCCGGGAGCCUCUUACUGAGAAAGAAUUCAACUCAACAUCUUUCGAGUUCCUCAUCACGCAUGGAAUGCCCAUGGAGGAAGGGUCAGGACUUAUCAUGAGGCGAGAUUACCCUUUUGAGCAGGUCAUUGAGAUAGAGCCCCGACUAAAGAGGACAGAUUUGAGUUUACCAGUUUCUAACAUGGUUGGAUAUGCUCUUGCUGGUCGUGACGAGCCAGCAACUCCAUACAGAGAUCCAAACGCUCUUCAUGAAGCAUUCAAUCGUGCCCACAAAUAUCUGUUUGCUAUUGCUGUAAACAAAUUACUAUUUAAUGAGACAGAUGUGGGCAAUAGCACUGCAGUUUCUUCCUUUCAGCAGAGCGGCAUUAUUGUCAGCAGAUUGUUUUCCGCCAUUGUGGAAGGUCUCCUCCUCCUUGUGGCAAUUUUCACAGUCAGCCUCUUGUGGGCUUGCCACAAGUCCACGAGCUAUCUAAACGCCAAUCCAUCUUCCAUCUCAAGGCUCGCCGCUAUAUUCCGCAACGGAUCAGACACUAACGAGCUAUUCCGUCUAUUCGACCACGCGGAUGAGAAAUCCCUGCAGGAGCUGUUCCAGGGCGACAAAUUCCGACUUGCGCGAAGCGAUAACAAUGAUCCUAAAAGUCUAUACAUAGAGAAGAUGGAUGAUUCUGAACAAAGCCAUAGUGAUAAACGAUUCGACAAGCCAACUGGUUACUAUGAGCCUAUUCGACCGGCGGUUUUGCGGAGAGAGGUGGGACUGCUCUUUGCAGUAAUACAAAUUGGAACUCUUGUUAGUAUUUCAUAUCUUAAAACUCAGAGCGAUAAGGAGAACGGCCUCAUUCGACCCUCGAGCAAUUUUGAAGUGCUACAGAUUCUCGAGAACUAUAUCCCUACUGCGUUCGCUACUUUCUCCGAACCCUUCUGGGUUCUUCUCAAUAGGCUCCUAUGUCUUCUACAACCAUUUAAAACCAUGUCAAAAGGACGAAGCCAACCUUCCAAAUCCAUCGAAUCAACAUACACGGCACUGCCUCCUCAGUUGGUGGCAUGGAGGGCCCUCCGAUCCGGGCAUCUAAUGCUAGUCAUGAUAUGUAUCAUUGCACUGUUAUCGAAUGUCCUCGCUGUAGGACUUGGUGCUCUCUUCAACGAAGAUCAGAUGACGGCCAGCUAUUCCGCUACCUUUACUCCCAACAUUGCUCCGCAGUUUGAUAAUCAAUCUGUGCUUAACUUUCCGAAUUUGGGUUUUCUAGCCACUUCUGGGCUUUAUCAAGAUGAGCUAUACAUUACGAUGGCGAAUAUUUCUUCCGGGACGCCACUGACCCCUUGGACGACCUCUGACUACUUCUUCCAGCCAUACACGGUUGAUAGCGGCAGCGAAGGCAAUAGCAGCAGUACUUAUCGAAUAUUGACUCGCGGCUUCGGUGUCAAUGCGAACUGCACUGCAGUACCAUCGUCAAAACUUGCAAUUACAUUUCCGCCCAGCCUAGAAAGGACUUGUCCAGGCAAUAGCUCCUAUAUAGUCGAGGCUGUCAAAAUGAAAAUUCGAGGCAGUGAACAUAUGAGAUCAUCCAGUGGACUGUCCUCCGUCGAAUACAGCGAUGUUUUCAGUCCAGCAGGCUAUUUAGACGAUUGCGGUAGAGCCAUCACUUUUGGUUGGGGACGAACCCCACAAGGGGCUGACAUGAACGGGACCAUCGAAGCAAGCUUCGCCUUCUGUAGGCCGUAUUUCCAAACGGCAAUGUUUGACGUGCGUCAUGAUGCAGAGGGCAAUGUGUUAGCAUACGAGAGAACGAGUGAUAUAUCUACGCACUUGGAUGGUGAUGACCAAGACGUGCAAACAAAAAGAAUGGUCACACAGAUGAAUAACUUGCUUAGAGCGCCUGCAAUUGAAUGGCACAAUGACACCCUGACGAGAGACUGGAUGAAUUACCUGCUGGCCAUAACUCUGGACUCGAGAGACUUCCUGGACCCCGAAAAGCCGCCCCCUGAUCCAAAUGAUUUGAUACCGACAAUCGAGAAAUUGUAUCGGCAGUCAUUUGUCACUGUUCUCGGCCUUAACCUACAGCUAUUUGUCCCCGGCGAUCAAGCCCUCUCAAUAGCAGGCGAAAGGCUAAGAGACGAAACACGAAUAUUCGUAGACCAAAGCGCAUUUAUCAUAACAGCCAUCGUCCUAGGCUUCAACAUCAUCGCCAUCAUCAUCUUUUAUUCCCGCGGCAUCAUGUUCAACCUCCCCCGUGUGCCAACCACCAUUGGUUCAAUCCUCGCAUUCAUUUCCGCAAGCCACAUUCUUCUUCUUGACGAAGAGGUGUCAUCUUCAUCCGGAGAAGCAAAGGAGGAAAAGACGUAUAGCUUUGGGCGGUACAUUGGGGUAGAUCAGAAGGUGCAUUUAGGGAUUGACAUGGAUCCGCACGUUGCGCUGGUUGAUCCAGCAUCGUUGAGAGAGAAGAGGUCUUUUAUACAUAGGUUAGCGCCUGGUGGUUUGAGGAGGAGAAAAGAGCUUGGGACAGUGAGUAAUAGCACUUGGUUAUGAAAGCUGGUUAUCGAAAUUGGGGUUUUGGUUCAGAGCAUUAGUAGAGAUAGAUUACAAUUAGAAUUUUUUUAAUCAAGGCUUUUCAUUGGAGUUAUUAGAGUGAUCCAAAGGCAAAUUGAUUAUGUUAGCAUCU